AAGCCACCUCCCAGGCCUCUGUCCCUAGAGAAGUGGCAGGGAACCGAAAUCUGGACAGCUGAGCAUGCUACCUCCUCCCUGUGAUCCGGAGGGAGUGUCCUCCUCUGAGGGUCCUGGUCAGCCCUCAAGGACCCUCUCUGUCGUGGCGCCUUCGUCAGGCAGUCCAGCUGUUUCUGGUCUGGACAUCCCCCACAGGCUGUUCUCUGAAGAACUUGAAUGUGCUGGCCAAAGCCCUCUAUGACAACGUAGCUGAAUCCCCGGAUGAGCUCUCCUUCCGAAAGGGUGACAUCAUGACGGUGCUGGAGCGGGACACACAGGGCCUGGAUGGCUGGUGGCUCUGCUCACUGCAUGGACGCCAGGGCAUUGUCCCUGGUAACCGCCUCAAGAUCCUGGUCGGCAUGUAUGACAAGAAGCCAGCAGGGCCUGGACCUGGCCCACCUGCCACUCCACCCCAGCCGCAGCCCAACCUCCCUCAGGGUGUCCAUACCCCAGUACCCCCAGCUUCCCAGUACAGUCCCAUGCUCCCCACUGCAUACCAGCCUCAGCCUGACAGUGUGUACCUGGUACCCACUCCCAGCAAGACUCAGCAAGGUCUCUACCAAGCCCCUGGGCCCAACCCACAGUUCCAGUCGCCCCCAGCCAAACAGACAUCCACAUUCUCAAAGCAGACACCUCAUCACUCAUUCCCCAGCCCAGCCACAGACCUUUACCAGGUACCUCCAGGGCCUGGAAGUCCAGCCCAGGACAUCUACCAGGUGCCACCUUCUGCUGGCAUAGGGCAUGAUAUCUACCAAGUCCCUCCAUCUAUGGACAACCGCAGCUGGGAGGGAACGAAGCCCCCUGCAAAGGUGGUGGUGCCUACUCGAGUGGGACAGGGCUACGUAUAUGAGGCUUCCCAGACAGAGCAGGACGAGUAUGACACCCCACGCCACCUGCUAGCUCCAGGUCCUCAGGAUAUCUAUGAUGUGCCUCCUGUUCGAGGACUGCUUCCCAGCCAGUAUGGCCAGGAGGUAUAUGACACACCUCCCAUGGCAGUAAAGGGCCCCAAUGGCAGAGACCCAUUGUUGGAUGUGUAUGAUGUGCCUCCGAGUGUGGAGAAAAGCCUGCCCCCAUCCAGUCAUCAUUCGGUAUAUGACGUUCCUCCUUCCGUGAGCAAGGAUGUGCCCGAUGGGCCACUGCGAGAGGAGACAUAUGAUGUACCUCCUGCCUUCGCCAAGCCCAAGCCCUUUGACCCAACUCGGCACCCGCUGAUCCUCGCUGCACCUCCUCCAGACUCCCCACCAGCUGAGGAUGUGUAUGACGUGCCACCCCCUGCUCCCGACCUCUAUGAUGUGCCCCCUGGUUUGAGGCGGCCUGGCCCUGGAACUGGAACAUUAUACGAUGUACCUCGUGAGCGGGCGCUCCCUCCUGAGGUGGCUGACGGGAGUAUGAUUGAUGAUGGUGUGUAUGCUGUGCCCCCACCAACGGAACGAGAGGCCCCAGCAGAGGGCAAGCGCCUGUCAGCCUCUAGCACAGGCAGCACACGCAGCAGCCAAUCGGCAUCUUCCUUGGAGGUAAUGGUGCCAGGCCGAGAGCCUCUGGAGCUGGAGGUUGCUGUGGAGUCCCUGGCUCGCCUGCAGCAGGGUGUGAGCACCACCGUAGCCCACCUUCUGGACCUGGUGGGCAGUGCCAAUGGGCCUGGGGGCUGGCGUAGCACCUCUGAGCCUCAGGAACCUCCUGUGCAGGACCUGAAAGCUGCAGUGGCUGCAGUUCAUGGGGCAGUACAUGAGCUCCUGGAAUUUGCCCGCAGUGCUGUAAGCAAUGCCACUCACACUUCUGACCGCACCUUGCAUGCCAAGCUUAGCCGGCAGCUACAGAAGAUGGAGGAUGUGUACCAGACACUGGUAGUCCAUGGUCAGGUGCUAGACAGUGGCCGGGGAAGCCCAGGAUUCACCCUUGAAGACCUGGACCGCCUGGUGGCCUGCUCACGGGCCGUGCCUGAGGAUGCCAAGCAGCUGGCCUCCUUUUUGCAUGGCAAUGCCUCGCUGCUCUUCAGACGGACCAAAGCCCCUGGCCCAGGGCCUGAGGGAGGCAGCUCCCUGCACCCCAACCCCACUGAUAAAGCCAGCAGCAUCCAGUCACGCCCUCUGCCUUCACCCCCCAAGUUCACCUCCCAGGACUCUCCAGAUGGGCAGUAUGAGAACAGUGAAGGGGGCUGGAUGGAGGAUUAUGACUAUGUCCACCUGCAGGGGAAGGAGGAGUUUGAGAAGACCCAGAAGGAGCUGCUAGAAAAGGGCAACAUAAUGCGGCAGGGAAAAGGCCAGCUGGAGCUGCAGCAGCUGAAACAGUUUGAACGACUGGAGCAGGAGGUGUCUCGUCCCAUAGACCAUGACCUGGCCAACUGGACAGCAGCCCAGCCCCUGGUGCCAGGGCGGACAGGGGGCCUGGGGCCGUCGGACCGACAGCUGCUGCUCUUCUACUUGGAGCAGUGUGAGGCCAACCUGACCACACUGACAGACGCAGUGGACGCCUUCUUCACUGCAGUGGCCACCAAUCAGCCCCCCAAGAUCUUUGUGGCACACAGCAAGUUUGUCAUCCUCAGCGCACAUAAGCUGGUGUUCAUUGGGGACACGCUAUCACGGCAGGCAAAGGCAGCUGAUGUGCGCAGCCAGGUGACCCACUACAGCAACCUGCUGUGUGACCUCCUGCGUGGCAUUGUGGCCACCACCAAGGCCGCUGCCUUGCAGUAUCCAUCACCCUCUGCUGCCCAGGACAUGGUAGACAGGGUCAAGGAGCUGGGCCACAGCACACAGCAGUUCCGCCGGGUCCUGGGCCAGCUGGCUGCUGCCUGAGAGCAGAGGACUAGGGUGUGGGGGCUGGGGAAUGGGCAGCCAUGAUCUGAGCUCUCCAAGCAUCUGUCUUGAAAAUGGAUAUCCUGCAGGUUUGGGGACAGGUAACCCCAGCUCUGCCUUGGGCCUGGUGCCCUCAACUGUCCAGGGCUUUGUACAUAUUUAUAACAAGGCAGGAUGUGAUGCCUCCUCAGAGGAGCUGGAUGAGAGUGCACUGUGGACCGCUGACGGCCAGGCUGGGGCCAGGGUGGAGGCACAUGGCCCCCACCCACAGGGGCCCCCGUGACAGGCAAGUACGGUGUGGUGUGCACCUCUGCACCGAGAAAAGGACCCUAAAGAACUAUUUUUCGCUAUUGGUUUUUCAAAUCAUUUGACUAAUAGUCCACAUUUAAUAAAAUCUUAAAAAUGA